AUGGAGAAGAUCCUGGAGAAAGUGGUGUCUAUGGUGAAGCAGCACCGUGAUGGGAUCCCUCUGAAGAAGCUGGCCAUAGUUUACAGCCAGACCUACCACAAGAACCUGACACUGUCCUCACUGGGCUUCAACUCCAUGGAAAGCCUGGUCGCCUCUCUGAGCAAGGACCUGGUCCUGGAUGGGGAACUGGUAUUUUACAAGAAGCACUGGCGCAAAAGACGGGCCAAAGCUAAAAGCGGAGCUGAAGAUGGAGCUGAAGCGGCUGGAGGUGGAACAGAGGAGAGUGAAAGUAUUGGAGAGGUUCUGGAGGAUAUUGUUACCAUGAUGGAAGAAUAUCCAUCAGGGAUUCCCCUCAAGAAGGUGGCCAUCAUCUACAGCCAGAAAUACAGACACAACUUGACUUUAGCCUCUCUGGGCUUCACAACCAUGUCCAAUCUGAUUGAGUCUCUGGAUGGAGAUCUGGUGGUAAGGGGGGACACAGUCUUCCAUAAGAUCCACCUGCCUCAGAGCCAGCCUGUAUCUGUGAAAAAAUCUAAAGCUUCAACUGACAGCAGGCCUGAGACUCCACAGAGCUCCGAACCUGCUCACCUCAACAGUGUCAGCAGGCCGCAGGUGGAUACCAGCCCAUGCGUCGCGGCUCCACCUCUGACAGGAAUCAGCUUCUUGGGUCCGUCUUUAAUUUCCACACCCUUUUUACAUUCCACACAGAGUCCUCCUUUGAAUCCACCGCUGACUGCAACCAGACCUGCAGAGAAACUGAGCCAGCAGUCGCUCUAUGACAGGGUCUUAGAGGUGAGUCAUGGAAACACUCACAAAGCAUCAAGGUGAAGAAAUCAUCCUCAAGCACACAGCAAAGGCUUGAUUCUAGUUUCAGCAAACAUGUUAACAAGUGGGAGACUCUACAGGACAAAAGGCUUUACUGUGAGCCACCUGUAUCUCUCAUCCAAAGCAGAAGGUUUAUUGACUUUGAGUGGGGCAUAGUUGUUGAAGAUUAACUUCCUUGCUGUUGAGUAGUUUUGCGUAUCUUGCUGCUCAUAAAGCUCCUUAUUUAUCAUAUAUUGGCAUCUAUCAAACCCUGUUUUCAGCACUUUUCAGCCUCUGCCUGACGCACUCAAGUUUAGCAGCUUUUCCACAGAUAUAAAGGUCGACACUUUUUGUGGGUGUUACGUUUGACACAGCUUUUUAGUUAGGAUACUGCCUGAAAGUUAUGCUAUUACAGAGCACAUUUGACACUCGCAGUAAACGCUCACUGCUCCAAUUUACAUUGGACCAGGCAGCUGUUGUUACAUUAGUUGCUGUUACAAUAAUGUCACUUAUAGCCUGUUGUCUUGAGCCUUUGUUGAAGGUAUUUGUUGCAAAAAAAAAGAAAAAAAAACCUGCAAGUAACUUUACAGGACAGAAUUAGUCAACAAAGUGCAGAGUGGUGGAAAAAUCAGAGCGCUGAAAUUGACUAAACAGUUUUGACAAAGCUGCAAAGCUGACCUUUGACCUACAUAUCAUAAACAGACUCAUUUGUGCUGUCUUGGAAAGUUUGUUGUUGUUUGUUGAUGAUGAUGAUGAUGAUGAUGAUGACGACGCGCUUUUAUAUUGCAGGUGAUGAAAAAAUUCCAGCUGGUUGCUCCGUCCAUGGAGCAGCUGCAGACCUGCUACCUGCAGCUGUUUAAUGAACCUCUCCCCCGCAAUCAGUACAUGUCUCUGUAUGACAGCUGGGAGGCUUCCUACAAUAAGACCCCUCCCCCGGACUCAGCACCUGAUCCACAGACAAGGGGACCUGACCCACCUGCAGGUAGACAAACACGCCAUAAACGAAUGCUACUUCAUCCAAAGAAACCAAACACUCUCAUUGGUUUAUUCUUAUCUUAACAAGCAUGUGUUUCCAGUUCCUUCCACAGCAGCCCAGACUCCUCUGAAGGUGCCCAAUAAAGAGCUGCAAAAUCAGCAGCUGCAGCAGCAGCAACAACAACAACAACAGCAACAACUGCAGCAACAGCAGCAGCUACAGCAACAGCAACAACAGCAGCUACAGCAGCAGCAGCAACUGCAGCAGCAGCAACAACAGGAGCAACAGCAGCAGCAACAACAGGAGCAACAGCAGCAGCAACUGCAGCAGCAGCAGCAACAGCAGCCCAGUGUUUCCAGCUUCCUGACUGACUCUGAUUUCCCGGCGCUUGGGGCUGCCGUGACCAAAGAGAAGAAGAGUCAAGUUAGAGACACAGCACUGAAAGAGAGCGGUGCCCCUGUCUUUAAAGACGCUUAUCACGCUCAGCUGAGGGAGGUGCAUGGAGCUAACAUGCGGGCGGCCGAGGCUGUGGAGAAGGAUGAGGAAGAGAUCACAGGAUGGAGGAGGAGGCCAACAGCCCUGAAUCAAGAUGAAGUCAAUGAUCUAAUGGAAGACGUGAUUCGAGACAUUGCUGCAGAGGGGGAGUUGGUCACCAGAGAGAAGGUGAGAGGAGAGAGGACACCAACUUCUGAUUGAUUACUCCCGAAUCUGAGCAGAUUUUAGUCCUACAAUCUUUAAUCUAUCUAAAUCUGAGUAAAUUCCUAGCUCUGGUGUAAAGUCUAUGUGAGAACUGAUCAACAGUCAGGUAACUUUAAUUUAAAAAUAUGCAGGAAGUUCAAUCCUUGGUUAUUAAAGAUGCAAGUAAUGAAAAUAUAAAAGCGUCCACAAAAUACAAAAGUUGAAACCAGGCCCAGCUCUCCAGCAUCAGGAGUCUUACAGUAUCAAAACAUGCUGUCUCAUUCUUACGGUAAACUUAUUUAUGUACCGUUUAAUGUCCUAAUCUGUCCAGGUGAUAUUCAAAGUGUGUCAGCUGCUGCAGAUUCCCUCUUUGGAAGCCGGAAGGAUUAGACCCUGGACGAUCCCUGCUCUCAAAGAUCUUCAGUAUAUCAUGAGAGAGAUCAACAUGUUCAUUGAGGUUGGACACAAUACCUCUGAUGAUAUUUGUUCCAAUCAAGAUGUCACGGUCUCUGUAAAACCUUUCUUCUCUCCCCCCUUAGUGUACAGAAGCGGUGACAAGCAUCUGCACCUUGUACGAGCUGGGACAAUCUUUGGCUGGACUGAAGAGCAAGAGGAACUAUGAAGAGCUGAACCUGGGCCCGCUCUGCAAACUACCCGUCGUCCACCGCAUGUUCAAGAUCAACAGCAAUACCAAGGACGAUGAUAUUCGCCAGAUCCACACAGUUGACAUCUUGAAGGUAAGAUUCCUGCGGGGAAUGACAAUCUUUCAACUUUGCCUUUAGGAGGAAAGAGCAGAAUUUCAGGGCCAGAUUUUUUCUGUGCUGCGUCUUUGUUUACAGUCUGUGAGAGUGAAGUUGAUGUUGACUGAUGCAUGCAGAUGUCUGGAUGUCUGUCUCAGGGUAUUGACUAAAGCUUCACUGACAUUAAAUGACUGCUGAUAGGUUAUAGGAUUUUAUCAUAGCGGACUGUGCUCUCUCUCUCUCUCUCUCUCUCUCUCUCUCUCUCUCUCUCUCUCUCUCUCUCUGCAUAAAUCCAAUGAUAGCAUAAACUACACAGACUGCUGACAAAAAACAGAACACUUUUGACCUUUUGGACCUUUGGCUUUUUGGUUGAGGUUUGCGCAUGGAGACAUAGACCGCUGUGCAUUGCUAUCAUGCAUCGUUACUAAAGUUGUUAUAACCAGAGAAGCAAGCAGUAGGCGACAUUGAUCUCUUGAAAGGGUGUUUAACUUGUUGUUACGCUGUGUUUGACCAUAACCUAAUUUUUAGCCGGAACGUCCCUUUAAGCUGUGGCUGCAGUUUGUAGGGGUUCAAGAAAUGUGUUGUUUCUACAUCAAGAAUACUUUUGCAUAAAUUCUCAGUGUUCGUUCAGCAAAAUCAGAUGAACAGAUCUCAUUUAUUAUAUACAUAUUAUAUAUAUAUAUAUAUAUAUAUAUAUAUAUAUAUAUAUAUAUACACAUUUAUAUUUAUUAUAUUAUAUAUUUAUUAUUAUCUCAUUUAUUAAGGACCAUUUUCUGUUGGAGAGUUCAGUUUUGGAGGGUCAAUCUAACACACAGAUGAAGCAUGUCCAGGAAUAGCAGAGAUUUAUAUUUGAUGUAUAUUAACCAUUAAUGCGUUUCCUUUGUUCAUUUUCCAGCAACUUCGUGCGUAUAGGAGGAAGCAGGGACCUGGCAGCAAAGUGGACCUGGCUGAGUUCAUGAAGCACCUGGCUGAUCACUACAACUGUGAUUCUCCAUAUGAGCUGGGCAUCAGGAUACACAGCGUGGGGCUGCCCAUAUCAGUAAGAGACAUGGUCAUGUUGUAAUAUGAUCAGAGGUGAAUGUUUUUCUUAGUCUUUUACGGGGAAUAAGAAAAAGUCAGUUCUGUUUCAUCUGCGAGAUGUAUGCCAGUAUCAAUUUAUGUUUUUUGUGAAUUAAAUCUGUCGGCCUUUGUUUAAUAUCCACAUAAGGAGCUCCCAGGAAGAGGUGUAAGUCCUCUGUGUGUUUUGUUUCUCUUCAGACAUUAGGCAAGGUGAGCAAGAAUGAACACCUGACUUUAGAGCGGGCCCGGGAGGUGAUCCAGAAGGAGCUGGAGGAGGAGACCAUGGAGCGUCUGAGGAAGAUCAAGAAAAGUGUGUUGGAACCUGUACAGGGAGCAGCUUCCUUCUCCUCCACAGGGAAUUUCGACCUCAGGAAGAAAUACGCCUCCAUGACGGCUGCUGAGGUGGCUCUGGCUGUUUUCACAAACUCUGAAGGGGUGUUCAGUUCAAAGAUGACCAAGGUUUGUGAUGGUCUGCAGUUGAUAAAUACAUGCUUUAGCUUGCUGGGGGGGAUUAUACAUGUUUUUUGUGUUGUCCCUUUCCCAACUUUCGAAAAAUGUUUUCUGGCAAUCCAGUUUUUAAAGAGCAUACAUUUUUUUUCAUAAAACCAUCAAAAUUUUCUGAUUCUGAUUUUUAUUGACAUUUAACACAAUGUUUCAGCUUUUUUUGGAAUUGAGGUUGUAAAUUUGUUUGUCAUUCUCGUUUCUGUGAUAUUUUCCCUCCAGCACGUGCAGGGCUUUCUGCUGCAGGUGUCAGGUAACCCGCUGGCUAGGGCUCUGCUUCAGCUCUCCAUCUGUGGAGGCUCUCUGGCCAUCCCUCAGGACCUGGUCCUCAAAGAGAAGACAUCUAAAACAUCUGAACCCUCCAAAGCAGAGGACAACCCCAACGUGUCCCUCCCCAGUGAAGGUAUGACUGCAAGAUACCUGUUAUAGGUGUCAGCUGUUUGUUAUCCAGUUAAAUAAAGAAAUAAAAAAAUAUAUAUAUAUCUGCUCCUUUUUUUUUCCCAGCGAAAGUGAAGCAGUUCCUUAAAGACAGCCUGUCCUCUCAGAACUCGGCCGUCACACUGGCACAUAUCGCCGCUCUAGAGAAGAAGCUGACCAAACACUUCCAGGUCAAAGAUUUCCUCUCUAUAAAGCAGGGAAACUUUCUGGAGUUUCUGGUGAAACACCUUCAGGUAAAGGUGUAUUUUCCUUCACAAAGAUCAAUAACUGCUCAAGAAGAGAUCCUCUGUGAUUAAACGAAUAACCUGAUUCAUGCUGUGUGCCUGUGUUUGUAAAGCUGCUGCAGGACUGUCUGGGUUCCUCUCUGAUUCUGGACAGCAGGAGCAUGGACCUCUCAGGCUGCGGCUUCAGACCUUCAAGACAGGAUGUGUUUGAGUUCAUCAACCAGUGUGGAGAGAUUAAGUCCACUGAUCCAGAGGAGGUGAGGCAUCACACACAGAGUUGUGUUUCAUCUGAUGUAAAGUGUCAGGAUUUUGAGUUGUGUCAGAGUCCGACCAAAGUUUGAGGCUCUUUGGUCUGAACUGGACUGUGACAAUAACGCUCACUCUGUCCUGUUAGCUCUCCCACAUUGAGGUGGCACUGAGGGAACACUUCAGGGUUCGGGACAGUCGGGACCUUGGCUUCGGGACUCUGGCCAUGUUGACUAACUUGGUCCAAAAGCAGAGAACUCUGGGUGGAGGAGGACUAAACCCAGUCCAGUAUGAGUCCGCCCUGUUUGCCAGACAAGGCAAAUCAAGGUAAGCAGUUAGUGAAGGCACAGAGAGAUGACGUCACUGUGAACAUGCUCAGUGAUUUCCUCAUCUCUGCUCUCCCUCACUCUUUUAUCACCAGUGCUGAAGUUGGGGGUGAGGCGGUUGGUUGUCUGGGUGACAUGUCCAAGGACCAGGCUCUGUCCAGUCUGCUGAGCUGCCCCCUGCUGGAGGAUUUGAGUGAGUGGAGCCAGUGGGAGCUAGUCUUCAAACCACGUCACGGGCCCCUUAAGGACUUCAUCGAGAGAAACGCUGGUAAGAGUCAAACUCACUGAGUGUGUGAGGUUUGGAUCACGUGACAUACAGUUUCUUUGCUGCCACAGGGGAACUCUGAUGUCUGUUUAGGACUUUUUAAAAACUGUUGAUUAAAAAAAAAAGAGAUGAAAAAACCCUUUCUGUGUUCUUCCAGCUAACACAGGUCUGUCAGCGCUGGAGGUCUCACCUGGUCUGCUGCUCAGGACCACCACACAUACAGGAGACAAACAGUUCUCAGCUGCUGUUAGGACCCUUGACCCUGUGGGCACAGCCGGACACCUGGUGUCGAUGACAGUCUCCGACGGGAUCACCAAUACUCCCACAGCCCUCCUGGCCAAUCACGUGCAGAGCUCUCUGGCAGAAGCUAUGGCUCAGGAAGGUAGAGACGCCUUAGGGCUGCUUCAGUUCAAUAAUCAGUAACAUAACAAGUAAACAGCAGAGUUCUGAAGUCUCUGAUUUUGAGCCGUCUAAACACCAGAGUGGUCACUUUGAUAGUAAAACAGUAAAAGGCAGGGUUUUAUCGUUUUAAUCUGUAUAUGUGGAUGUAUGCUGACAUGAUGCUUGUGUUCCUCAGAGAUGUCCCAGGAUGAAGACGACAUGUCCUGUUACAGCAGAGUAGCCAAAUUCCUCCUGGAGUGUUUCAUAAGAGUCCCCUUCAGGAUCUGCCGUGCUCUCCUGCAGAAGGUCAGUCUCACCACAUGGCCAAAAAAUGAAAUAAACCGCAAUGACUAACAAUUUUAGACUAGCAUGUCAUUAUCUAAACAUGACUUCAGUGUGAUUACAGACAAAGAACUGACUUAAAGGGAUAUUCCGAUGUAAAUUUAAGUUAUAAUCAAACACACCGUAACACCGAGUUAGACACCUCCUGGAGAGAUGAAUGUUGCUGACUGCUUGCUUCUCUAGUUAUACCAACUUUAGUAAUGACCGCAGGAUAGCAAUACACAGCGGUCUACGUCUCCACACACAAACCUCAACUAAAAAGCCACUCUAUAGCCACAAAUAAUGCUCAGAACAGCAACUAACAUUUCUCCCGGGGGUGUCCAACUAGGUGUUACGGUGUGUUUGACCAUAACUUAAUUUUACGCCAGAAUAUCCCUUUAACUCCAGAGAGGAGUGUUUUGAUUUUUGAUUUUGAUUUUUUUAAACUUCACUCAGGUUUGACUUUACCAAGCUGUUCCUUGAAUAAUCUUUCAAUGAUGUGACCUGCAGGUGUUUCUUGAGCCAUUCUCUGGAGUCCUUGGUCAGACCAAGUCCAAGCAGGUCCUGAUCACUGUGGCCCAGUCUGACCCGAGAUACCUGAACUGUCUGCACCGGCUGGGGAUUGUGCUGGGAAUCACAGAGUGGAUCAGAGACUUCCAGAACAAACUGAACACACCGCAGAGUCUAAACCACAUGGACAUACAGACUGCCGCUGACCAACACUUCAAGGUUAGAACAUACUCACACUGACUGAUAUCUGGGACAUCUUAUGAUCAUUUUUUACUUGGAUUUUAUCUUCCUCAUGAUCCUCAUCUGAUUGUCUUGAUUGCAGUCUAACUUGCUGGACUCUCAGAGCAGCAGUCUGUCGGCUCUGAACACAAGUGAAGAUGAGUUUCUGGAGGAAAACACCGUGGAUGACAGCUUUGUGUCUGCCAGCCCGGAACAGAGUCUUCAACUAGGUGAUCACAAAGGAUUCUGCUCCACUGGAAUGAAAGAAGGUCUGUUCCAGUGUCUAAUUUUUUUAACUACAUGAUAUUUUCUUCUAGUCAACGGUGAGCAUGACGAGGAGGAAGAGGAUGAAGAAGAUGAAGAGGAGCUGUACCAGCUGACCUCCCUGCCAAAUGGACAGUUAUCAGACAUCAGCAGUGAAGCUGAGGGCACUCAGGACAAGGACGAGUCAGACGUGUCUGAUCCUGAUGAGAAGGAUUCAGCUGACAGCCAAUCAGAGAGCGUGUUGGACGUCCACAGAGUGAUCAUUGAAGACAUCAGGUAUGUUCUCCACCUGUACUGUGUAAGUAUCAAAGUGUCAUCACUGGUCUCCUAAACAAACAGCUCAUCUAUUCUUCUCUCUGUGUCCCCCGACAGGAAGAGCGAGUUUGGUAUCGGUGUGGAGCUGAACGCUGAAGGACAGAAGCUGAUGCAGGUUCAUCAGGAUCGUCUGGGCCGCAGCUUGGACCGUCUGUCUACAGAACUCUACAGCAAAGACACACACUUUGUCUUGGAGCUCAUCCAGGUAUAAAAAAAAUACAUAGUGAUAGAAAUUCUAACUCAUAUCACCCACACCAGUGUCUAGCUGUCAUUAAGGGACAAGUCAGCUGUUUGCUGAGAGCAGGUACCUUGAAUAGAGUUGAAGAAAGGACCUCAAUUAGCAAAAACACACGAGUAGGGACAACUUUUUUUUACUGAAGAUAGACACGUGUUUAGACAAGUGUUUUUUUUUUUCAUGUUUUUAUUUAUAAUGUGAUCACUGUUGUAUGGUUUCAGGAGCAGGCUUUAGAGCAGGGUUAAAUAAAAGAUGUCUGACUCUCGCUCAAACUGCUGUUAUCUAUUUCCCAGAAUGCAGAUGACAACAGUUACUUGUCAGAGGCUGGUGUGGUCCCAGCUCUGGCCUUUGUGGUGGAGAGAGACUGCAUCACCAUCCUCAACAACGAGACCGGCUUUCAGGAGAAAAACAUCCGAGCCAUCUGCGACGUGGGCCGCAGCACCAAGGGCAAACACAAGUAUGGAUACAUAGGUGAGUGUGCGUACCAUGACUGACAGGUGAGCCAAGAGUGAGAGACCAGGAGGUCAGGGUAAGUUUUCAAGUGUGAUCUCGUCUCAUUACAGGACAGAAAGGUAUCGGCUUCAAGUCAGUGUUUAAAGUCACAGACUGUCCUGAGAUUCACUCCAACGGCUUCCACCUUCGCUUUGACAAGACCUGCGGCCCCAUGGGAUACAUCCUUCCUCACUGGGCUGAGGAUGAGAGGCCGCUGGAUGCACAGUUGAACGACCUGAGUCUGCACAGGUGAGAGAACAGAGGAUCAGUGAAUCUCGGCAAGUUCAUCACAAAUCCUCAGGAGAUAGAAGAAAUGAGCUGCUACCCCAAAUCCAGUCCAUUUGAAUUUUGUUAAUAUUUUAUUAUUUAAACAUUUACCCAUUAUACUGUAAAGACUGCCUCUGUUUGAUAGUGUUGUGAAUUUCAGACCCUGUUUUCUUCUCUUUUUGAUUCUAUUUGAGUUUUUAUGUUUCAUUCUUUUCUUAUGAUUUAUAUGAGAUGUUGAAAGAAAGAAACACGAGCAGGCCUACAAACCUAAGCUGUCCGUGCUUCGUCUUAGACAAUGUGUCAAAGUUUGUUUGAGCUCCUAGCAAAGGAGAGGAGGUUCUUUUUGUUGAAUUAGUUUCCCUCAAAAAUUGUACUGAACUGAAACCUCAAAACAGGGAAUAAUUCUGAACCAAACCCAAAAAGUUUGUGGGAAUGGAUGUGUGGUCACUUUGGCGAGCAGGUAGGAAAGUUUGAGGCACCACAUAAGAUAUGUUGAGCUCACAUGUAGUUAAUGUGAUCUGAUUUUUAUUGGUUAGAUAUUUUCUAAUCACCUGUCUUUGCGUGUGUUUUAUGAUCAGUUGGACCACAAAGAUCCUCCUCCCUCUGCGCUCUGAGAGCCAUCAGACCAGAAACCUCUUCCACGACGUGCAUCCCUCCCUUCUACUCUUCCUGCACCGCCUGCGCUCAAUCACCAUCUAUAACCAGGUAGGACUCGUAAUACCCUUCAUCACUUCCAGUUAAAUUUAAUCAAAUCUGUCAAACAGGAAAAUGAAGUGACUUCUGUUUUUUUUCUGCACUCAUUCAGAGUGAGAGGCGUCUGGUGACAAUGACUCGAAAAGACUUGAGUCACAGCGUGUUGGAGGUGGAGCACACGGAUGGCAUCGAGCGCUGGCUGGUGGUCAAAACUACAGUGCAGCCCAAGAAGGUAAAUCACACACGCACGCAUACACACACUAACACACAUUAGGGCUGUCAGUCUUCAUCUCAAAUCCUGUUUAAAUGUCGCUCUCUUUUAUAUAUUUUCACAUUAUAUUCAGAUUUUUAUUAAAUAUUUUUUAACAUGUAUCUGCACAGUAAUCUUCAUGGCAGCACCACUUUUCUUCAUCUCCUUCAUUCUGUGUUUUGGAGUUAAAAUACUUUUUAAUCCAACAACAACUUUUGUUUCAACCUGUGGGUACGUCAGAGGCCACAGGAAAAAGGGAACUGUUUGAUAACCGCUCAGGAUACACACUCAGAAUAAAAGCAUCAUCACUAAGCAGGAAGUUACAGAUUAAACAGAUCAAAUGAAAUAACAAAUGUCAAACUCUGUGUGUUUUAUUGCAACCCAUUUGGAGGAUGAAUAUUAAAUCUUUGUCAAUGACCGUUUUCUUAGAGAUACGGCAUAUUUGCAUCAUGAGUCUGGUCCUCUGUCUAUUUUGAUAAGUCCCAGUGUCUCCCCAGAUUUGAUGAAAAGCUUCUACAUUCAGCAGGAUUUAUGGCAAAAAUAAAACUCAGGACAUCCAUUUGACAGUCUCAGAGACCCCAUAAUCCCUGCUUGUCUUUUUUCUUCAUAUGACCUGUUGACAGGUGGAGAAAAACUGAAUCGUGUUGACACUCUGCCUUCCAGACUCUCUGAUCUUUCCCUUUGUGGCCCUUUUUUUCCUGUUAUGACACUGAUCCAUUUCUCCCUCAGAUCAAAGAAAACGUUGAAUCCACCGAGCUCGCCCUCGCCUUCCAGCUCGACAGCAACUCUACAGGAAGUAACAUCAUACUCCAGCCUCAGAAACAGCCUGUGUUUGCUUACCUGCCGCUUCGCAGCUUCGGCUUUCGCUUCAUCAUACAGGGUAGGGAUGAGGAUGAGGAUGACAGAGCUGUCAGUCAGACAUAAGCAGUGAAAGUGUAAUAACAGAAAGUGUUUGUUCCAGGGGACUUUGACAUUCCAUCCUCCCGGGAAGACGUGGACAGAGACAGCUCCUGGAACCAGUGGCUUCGGUCUGAGAUCCCACAGCUGUUCCUGCAGGCCAUGGAUGUCUUCACUGUGAGAUAAUUAUAGUCCUUUCACAAUAAAAUACCUCAAUAUGCUAUGAAGAAGACGCAUCAUUAAACUGCUUUCAGUACCAUCAGUGUACAUCAUUUCUGUGGUGUGUCUCUGAUGACCCCCUACGCCCUCAUCUAUGUGUGAGAUGAUUUUUAGAAGACAUGAAUAAUGAUUGUUUCUGUUCUGGUUUCAGGAUCAUCCAGAGUUCAAAGAUCUGAAGGGUAUCUGUCAGUUCCUGCAGUUCAUCCCCCUUCCUGAUGAGGUGCUGGACUUCUUCAAGCCUGUCGCUGGGCAGAUUAUUCAGCUGCUGAAGGGCAAAGCCUUCUUGCCUACUCUAAGCUCAGGUAUGUGUUAAACUUUGUUCUUAUACUUCACGCACAUGCAGGUUGUCUACAUAAAAAAAAAAUCAUAAAAAAUGCAAUAGUAGGAAAACAGUUGAACCCAGUCUAGCAAUCACACCAAGUUCCACAACACACAACACUGGCACAUUUAGAGCAGGUUUAACUCCACUACUGCCAAUCUGACAUUCUUUUCCCCAGUCAGACACUUUGCUGGGGGUGUUAUAACCUGAUAUGAACCCCUUACUUUGUACCUUACGCUGAUCUAAAGCAUAAGGUACAAAGUGAAUAAGAGCAUACUUCGCCACAUUUAGGUGAAAACCAGCCCACAAUCAGGGCUCUAAGUGGUGCGUGGCACAGAGAAGCUGGCUCAAGUCUUUUGAUUAUUCAUAGGUGUGUUUUGGGCUGAAGUCUCACAAACCACAGUUUCACUUCCUUUGAGAAGCAGGUGAUCUUGCAGACAGGUGUGUUACCAGUUAUUUGGCAGAUUUUAGUUUCCUCUUUUGGACAAACCGGGCUCUUGUUGGCUCAUUUGACAUCCUGUGCCUAGAAAGAACAUAGACAGGCCUCUGAAGUAGGUCGAUGCUCUAGUUUAAAUUACAUCUGCGGAGGCUGAUUCUACGGAGCCACCCCCACAACAUCAGACUUACCCUCUGUCUUUCCAAAUGAAGAGCGAUAGUGUGUGUAGUGUGCAUUUUGGAGUACAUUCUGCACUGGAUCGUAGUCAAUUAUUCACAUCUCCACACACGCCAGCAUAUAACCAUGCAAUGUUAACUAACUUGACAUGUGGUUCGGCUCAGAGUGUUGGGGUGUGUUAUGCUGAUUGUCCACCAAGUAAAAGCACAGUGGCUCUGAACUUUCUUGAUUUAUGGAGUACAUGUUAACAGAAAAGACUUUUUCCAUGAGUAUGAUUUCCAUUUUAUUCUCCUCUUCCUCUGUCAGAUGGUCAGGUGGUGUGCAAGCUGCCGUCUCAGGUGGCCGUCUGUCAGGACGCUGUGAUCCGUGACGUGAUUGGAGGAGAGGAGCUGGAGCGUCACCUGUCUCUAUCGUACCUCCAUCCCGAUCUGAGCCGAACCACGCCAACCUCCUUGCUGACUCACCUUGGAGUCAAGCACCUGCGGGGCUCUGAUGUUACCACGGUAACCACAGCCAUGGCCAAGGAGCUGAUGAAGGUGGAGGGCAUCCAUUCAGGUGAGGGAGGGAGGUUGUGAUAUGUGAUGCUUUUAGAACAUCAUAAAUUAAGUGAGCCAGUCGAUGGAAAAUACUGACAGUUGCACAAAUCAUUUAAAUCUAUUUGAAUUUUCAACUAAAUCUGUAUGGGCUCAUGUUUGUGCAUUUGUCGUUCCUUUUAAUAUUAAUAUGUAUCCAUCAUAAGGAAUUCUGUAUGUCCCAUUUCUUCCCGCAGAGGGCGGUCUGCGUCAGCUGGCUCGUCUGCUGGUCUGUAACUUCCGCGCUCUGGAGCAUGGCUACGGAGAGGCUGACUCCAUCCUGCAGACCCUCAGAGAUUUACCCAUGAUCCCUCUGGCUGAUGGGCGUGUGGUGGCACUGAAUGGAGAAGGGGUGUUCUUCCCUAUGGAGGAAGUAAAGAACAAGAAGAAGAAAGCUCAGGCCGACACAGGCGAGUACACUUUUAAGAUAUGAUGUAAUGCAAAAACUACCUAAACACUUGUGCUGUUUUAUCCUGAGGGCUCUCCUCUCCUUUAUGAUAACAUUUGGACAACAUGGUAAAUCAAACUGCACUCAUGAAAACACUGUUUUUCUUGUAUAAUGUGUGUGCCUAAAAAGCACCACAUGCAUAGUAGUCUUCUAUAACUUCAGUCUCCUGUGAAUUUGCUGUGUCUGAUUUAUAAAACAAAACUCACCUUUCUUAGGUCGCCAAACUCUGAGGUUAUGUGUUCCUCUCAGUCAUCUUUAAAGGGAUGGGGGUUUUUCCUCAGCACUUCACUUUGCUGUCAUAAAGCCCAUUUGUUCUUGCACCAUUGUACAGCACAUAGAUUUUCAUCCGCCUACAGCAUACUGGCAGAGGAACAUGUAUGUUCUCCAGUCAGCUUCUCAACAAAGGAGCUGAGCUGACAGGAUCCCCUGUGGAUCAUACUCUGACCAGUAUAACUGAUGUAACCACUAAAAAAAGAAAAUCCCAUGAAAUCUUUGUGGUUGGGGUUUAUCUUCUAGGGUCUUCGGUGGUUACUUUUUAAGUGUGAGGUGCCUUUUUUUUGAUACAUACAUAUUACAAUGUUGUAUGUGAAUAGGAAACUUCAGCAAAGUUUCAAAGCAUGAGAUACAUAGAUGUUGGCACAGUCAUGUUUCCAGCAUCUCUUAGGAUUUAAUUUGCAACUGUUAUUGAAACCCGGGGCUGUUUCAUCCAUAGGGGGCGCCCAUAAAAACUCAAAACAGAAGGCUAAUGUAAAAUAUGGAGGUGAUGUGGAGAAGUUAACAGCUAGCCUCCCAAUUUCUUUAUAACUCAUAGCGGUGGGAGGAAAAAAUUGAUACAGCUUGGUAUCACGAUAUUUUGUCUGCUGAUAUAUCCUAUCGUCUCAUUUACCAGGUAUUGAUUUUUUCAAAUGAAUUGCUAAUAUGAAGUCAAAUCUUUGAUGAUGGAAAAAUAAAAUCAACUGUUUGUCCAGUGAGGUUGGCAGAAGUGACAUCAUAGAGCAGGGGAAAGUUAGUGCAAUAAAUAUAUAUUAAGGUUUGCAAGAUGUGCUUCAUGAAAAUAAAAUACAGCGUAAAUAAGACAAACAUAAAGUAAAGACAAAUGCUAAAUUUAACAGUUGAAAAAUUGUAUAAAUGGCAAUAUAUUGUAUCACGAUACUGACUGUAUUGCCAAAUGUUAAAAAUCGCAAUAAUAUUGUAUCAUGGCCCAAGUAUCGUGAUAAUAUCAUAUCGUGGGGCCACUUGUGAUUUCCACCCCUACUAACUCACUGAGGUGAACUGAUUUUAACGGUUUUUGUUUUCUGUCUGUAGUGAACGCUCUAACUUAAAGACAAAAACCACCAAAUAACUUAAACUUCUCCUUCCUUCAUGACACACAAACUAAAAGAGAGCUGAUGAGGACUACGUUCAGAGUGAGAAAGGUGUUCAGCCAGGCAUGUUUUCAGGUCACUGGGUGUAGUAGGAUCUUGAAGAUGAAGUCGUGUGUGUGAUCCUUUUAAGUCACAGUGAAGUCAAACUCUCUCAUUCUGAUGAAAUAUUGAGCAGCGCAGAGAUCAGCGAGGACAGACUCCCACAGACACCCCACUCUGAGAGAAAGUAGGUCAGAGGAGGUUUUAUGUCGCAAAAGUUUAAUCCUAAGUUUAUUUAUACAUCGACUCUUAGAUAAAUUUUACAGGGGCCAAGAAAAUCAUCAUUAAAGAUUUAGAUAUUCUGGUCUUGAAAAGCUCCAAAGUGCUACAAUGAUUUGAUGAUUUGAUAUAGGCUGAAAUAAAACAUUGACUUUGUUGGUAUUUUUGCUCAUUUAAUGUAAUUUCCUUCAGUAUUUACUAUGUUUUCACCACAUUUUAAACAGACACUUCUGAUGAAGCCUUUAUCUUUAAAGGGGGGAAUCAUGCGGUCUCACAUUUUUACGCAUUUGUCUGAGAUUUGAGCCGUUUACAUUAUGACAAAAUACGUUUACCUCGUUAUUUGAAACUUUGCAUUCAUGUAGUUUGGACACCAAACUUUGUAACUUUGCAGUUUUUGUUGUAAAUGUGGAAAAACAUGAUACCCCCUUUAAUGUUUUUUUUUUUUUUUUUUUUUUUUUUUUAUUUAAUGGAAAUCAAGAUCAGUGAAGUUAUAUUACAAGUCACCUCAAAAGCGAAAAAAUAAAUAAAUAAAUAAAUUACAUGAUUACAUUUAUGAUCAUGGAUUUUAGGUUAAAAAAUAAAACUUUACAUCCUGAGCCAUGAAUUAUUUGACAAUUACUGAUUUAGCAUUCAGUAUCAUUAGUAGACGCCAUACUGUAUCUGUUGAAUAUUUGAUGAUAAGCUGCUUUAUGUCAGUGAUAUUAUUUGAGGCAGAUUUUUGUUGUUGUUGACUCCUCUCCUUCCCCCUCUUUCCACAGGUCCUCUGUCUGCUCUGUAUAAAGAUGUGAGUGUGGUUCACCCGUCUCUGCUGAGCUGUAUGGAUCCUCUGCAGAGUCAGCAGGUCAGAGAGCUGCUCAGGAGGCUGGGAGUCCACGACCUGGAGCCUCAACAGCUGCUGGAGCAACACAUCUACCCCACUAUACAGAGCAACAAGUGGAAGGUACAGGGGCUGAGGAGACUGUCAUCACCCUUAGACAGGUUCAUGAUCAUUUUUCAUGGAUCAUUACAAAAUAGACCUUCUCACAAUCUGGCUUCUUUUGUUGUUCUUUUCUGACCCUCAGUCUAAGCCCUCUGAAGUGGUGGUGAGUUACCUGGUCUUCAUCAAGCAGCACUCAUCUAGUCAGGAUUAUGCUGACACCGCAGUACCAGUCCUCACCAACAGGGGGCUGCUGUGCCCUGCUGAGGAAAGAGUGCACUUCUCUGAGGAGUACGGAAACAUCAACCUGCCAGAGAAACUACCUGGUACAAAAAAAACCCAUUUUCAUUGGCACACAGGCCAUGUUUAAGUGUGUGUGUCUGUGUGUAUUUGCUUGUGUAUUCAUCUGCAUGUGUUUGUGUGCAGACUUUUGAGGAGAGUAGUUUGUGUUACGUGAAGGUUUUUCUUCUUUGUUGGUGUUAAAAAAGGCAUGAAAUGUCUGAGUAUUGAACAGAGUUGUGUUGUGUCUGUGUGUGUAGGUGUGUGUGCGUGUUUGUGUGUGUUAUGUAACUUUAGAGGAGAGGACAGGGUGGAUAAUGGAUCAGAACCUUGAAAAGAGACAGGGGCUGUAGUCACAGACUGUCCUCUCUCUCGCUCUGUUUCUGUUUUUCUGCUCAUCCAGAAGAACAAAUGGAGCGGUUUUACACCAAUUAACCGUUUUCAGAAAUCUUUCACUGUGUAGACGGACAGACAGACAGACAAGAUUCUGUUUGAUUCAGCUGCAGUUCAAUCCGGUGUAGCAGCACAGGAUCAAUAAACAUGAAGCAAUCACUUCAUAAGGAGAAAAGCUUUUCUCUGAUUGGCAGCUGGAAGGGUAAACAUCAUAUCUGUGACAAUAUUUUGGUUAGUUUGGAUGUUAUGCUCUGCUAGUUUAGAUAAACCUUAUGUCUGCAAGGUAAUUUAACAAAGAUGCACCUUAAGUUACGACUUCACUGAAAUUCUGAGAUGUCCCUAGGAUCAAUAAAGUAUCCCACCCACUUACCUACCUACCAAUCUAUCCACCUCCCCUCCUAACUAUCUACCUACCUACCUACCUACUGCAAACAUGUGGUUAAGUGUGGACUAGACACCCCAACAUAAGUCACAACAGGCCUGGUGCAACACGCCCCAGGCUUGUGAUGAUUUCCAUUGUUAUUUGCCAAUGAGCUUCAAUUCUUGAUCACUGAAAUCAAAAGCAGGAUCACUGAUAAUCUCUGAAUAUCAUUUCUCUUUAACCCUUUUUGGAAAAGGAAAUGUUCAAGAAGGUAGCAUUGUGCUUAUUGUAUAAAGAGAUACAAAGGUAAAUUUUUGGGUGUCUGUUGUGAACAUCAGAAAAGUUUCAGAUUAGGAGGUUAACAUGUCAUCUACUGGUGAUAAAAAGAGCAAAGUUAAAUAUCACACUUUGUUGGUGCUAUAGUCAAGUUUUUCAGUGUUUGUCGUUUUUGAUAGAGAAACACUAGCUACAUCAGUGACGAGGCAACAGUGGAGGAGGUCUUCUGAGAGCUACAUGAAUAAUCAGGAGAAAGUUAGCUCUUAACACUAAAACUGCUGCUUUCUCCUCUCCAUACUUAGCUACUACAUCAUAUUGGCACAGGUUCUCCUGGAGCGCUCGCCAUGUUCACUUUGGUGUUUUUCCGCCUCUGCACCUAUUGCACAAGUCCGCACCCUCCUCUCGUCAGGCAAUAGACAGACAGCCAAUCAGCACAGCACCUCAGUCUCAUAGCAUCCCACCCUCUCAGAUCAGUGAGUGGAUAAUGAGGUUAGAGAAGGGAGGAUGCGGAUCCUCUGCAGAGGCUGAUUAUCUCAUGUUUUGGCAACUGAAUUAAAGCCUUGUGUUAAAAGAGAUGUUGUGAAUGUACAAUUAUAUUGGACCCUUUAAAAUGAUUUAUUGAACAUUCAAACAAAAAGCUGAAAAAUCGAAAUACCCUAAUGAGCAUAUAUGAAAAUCAGAGACAAAGAAACAGGUCGUCCUCCAGAGCUUCUCAAAUUUCGUUUUUGUUUGGUAGAGUUUCUGUUGAUCAAUGUUGUACCUAUAUCACUGUUGUUUCUAUAGUUUUGGGUACAGUACAGUUGUCAAUACAGUGUCAAAGCAUUAAAGACAGACAGGGAGCUUUCACCCUUUCAAUUUUAAUCAGCCGUGUUGGCGUUAAAUACUCUGUGCAGCAGAACCCCCUCAGAGAUUAAACUCAUUACACAAAUGUUUCUGCUCUGAAUAAUUAACGUCAGCACUCUCCAGCCUCCUUUCUCUCCUCUCCUCCUCCUGUCCACCGUCCCUCUGUCUGCACACGGGGCUAACACUGUAUUUCCUCAUCAUCACCAAACUCUUCUCUGUCUCUUCUCUCUCCUCAGGCUGUGAUUGGCUGCUGUUGAGUCCACGCUACGUGCAGACUGAUGGAGACGUGGCAGGAUGGAGGGAGCUGUUCGAAAGGCUGGGAGUCAGAGACGGUCUCAUCAUCCGCAAGCAGAGACAGACACUCACCACCACAGAGCUGGUAAAGAACAUAAUCCUGAUCUGUCACCUCACAUAUUCAGGAAUUGUUUUUUAGGGAAGAAUGGGUACACUCAGAGAAACAAAGAGACCAGAUGAGGUCCUACAGAAGUCCGGAGUGAGGUCUAAAUCAGCGCAGAAAGACCAGGGUUAAAAAAAAAGGAAGGUCAUCUAAAGUAAAAAGGUCCUUACAGGUACAUAAGACACAAGUGAGGUCAUGAGAAGUAAAUAAGAAUGCAGUCUGAGGUCCUUACAGAAACUAAAACAGACUGAUUCAGAUACAAAAGCCAAACAAGCCAUAUCGGACAAGGCCCCUACAAGUUUAUAAAGAGGAUAACAGGGAAAAAAGACCAAAUAAGGUCUAUAAAGUGCCCAAUCAAGAUAGAGCCAGGUCCAGACAGGUCCUCAAGACCUAAGUACACUGAGUCUAAACCUGAACUCUAAGGUGAUUUACCUUCAUUUAUGAAACUCAAGUUGUGUCCAGAUCUGCUGGCUGCUCCUUACAGGGUGAGUUGGAAGUAAUGAGCUGUAAAGGGAACUUCAUUUGGAGCAUAAUUAAACAUUUUAGACAACAAUUCAUCAUCUGCUCUGAAUAAUAAGAUCAUUUGAAACGUGCAGCUCAAUGCCAGCCAAAGAGAAAUAAUAAACAAUGGCGUGAAUUUGAGUGAGUAAAUGGAUUAUACUAAGCACAUUUUUACAAAUUAAUGUUUUUAUAAUACAAUAAUAAUAUCUUUAAUCAUAUUUAUUAGACAAACACAGGCAAACAGUAGUCUCCAGUCUGUCAUUAUCAUCAUGAGAAAUUCCUUCCUGGUUAUGAAACGCCUUCAUUUCGGUAACUAUGUCACUGAAUUUUGUCUGUUUCCGCUCAUUCCAGUUCAAAUCAUUUGGUGAGUAAUUUCACACACAGCCUCAGAGCUUUCAGUUCUGAUUUCACUUAAUUAAAGAGUUGAGCGUAUGCAAAAGCCAACAUCGCACUCCCUGCAGAGUCAUGUAGCCAUUUCAUUCAUAGGCUCAUUUACAAAAGGAGAGAAAGUGCAUGUUGGCUCUUACACCUAACAGGCCAUAACCAGAUCACUGACCCAACAAAUUAAUCAUAAACAAAUUCUAAUUAUUGAAGUUGAUUUAAUUAUUGACAUGAUUAUUCCACACAGCCAGCAGUUUCAUUCCUGAAUAUCAGUCUUGUGCUCCAACCCAUCAUUAUGCCUCUUUCCACCAGUAUGUGAGUCGCUUUUUUACUGUCUUUAUGUGACAGAAGUUCAAGUUUGGUUACGUUCCCUCUCAUUCUAUCAAAAUGAACAUAAGUGUUUUAUCACUGCUCCUGUCAAGCAAACUUGACAGCGUAAGAAGAGUCAUGUUCUAGUGUUUCUGACAUUAUUGACCAGGGUGGUACUGACAGAGGGGUAGCCAGAGAAAAUGUCUUUGGGUAUUUUCCCCUUUAUUUGAUAGGACAGCUGAAGAGAGACAGGAAAUAAUGGGAGUAGAGAGUGGGGAAAGAAAUCCUGCAAAGAGUCACUGUGAACUGAAACCUCUGUACAUGGGGCACUUAGACUGUAAGGCCAUCAGCACCCCAGAUUAUUGGUAUUUAUACCUCCUCUGGCUUUACUAUUUACUAUCAUGUGUACAGAUACAAUGUUCUUGUAUAUCUUCAACAUCCGGUUAAGUAAGCCAACUGUGCAUUACCAAGUCUAAUGUUACUGUAUUUUUAUUUAGUCAUUGUAAUAAGACAAGGUAAACCUUUAUUAUUCCCUUGACAGGGAAAUUUGAAUUGUUACAGCCCUGAAGGCAGAAAUAUAUUAGAUAUAAAACCUACUGAGUCUGCAGCAAUCCUUAUUUGAUCACUGAGUUAAUGGCCAGAAUAUUGAUAGAACAUUUAUGGCAAAAUAAUCUAGUUUUGUGGCCGUUAUACAUUCAUAGUCUCUUUAGAGAUCAGCCUGACUGAAGCAGACAGUUUUAUUAGAUAGGUUUGAAAUGAUGCGCUCAGAGCCCCCCAUAAUGUGAGUACACACACACACACAGAGCCCAAACCAGAAAGUCUGAGUCAACAGAGAAAGUUCACGACCAGCAUUAUGGUACCUGAUAUCUCUACCGCUUACGCAAAGAAAGCCUGGCGAUGUUGAGCUUACUUCAUGGGAUUCCCCCAAGAGCGAGGCCCUCAUAGAACAACUCAAGCCAAGUCCUGAAUCAUGAAAAGUCUGUCAUGAGGUUGUGACAGGUACUGUAAGACCAGAUCAGAGUCUUGAGUUAAAAAGAGAGCGCAGGCUGAUGUGACGACAGUCUCCCUGUGUGUCGUGACCGUGAAAGCUGAGGAUGAGUUGAGUCGGGACACAAUAUUUACGGGUUGCAUGGACACGAGAAUCCUCCUGCAUAACAAACUAACAGUGAGUCAUAAUGACGAUGACAGAGGGAGAGAUUAAAAGGAUGAAGAGAUGAAGAAUGGUGAGUCACAGCAGGACCACACAGAUCAGUCUGAGAUUUAGAGACGAGCAGACUAAACAGGCGAGGGAGGGGGCAGACAGGUGAGCCUGAGCUGCAGAGAGCAGGAGAAGUAUGUGGCUCUAUCUUCACACCAUCAGUGAGACAGGAAUGAUCGUCUCCCAGUACAAAAAAAGAGACAAAAGCAUGGGGUUUAACUCUGUGAAAGCUGAUCCUUGUUUGCGUAAUCAGGUGUAAAUAUAUCUACCAUAAUAACCCCCUAUAGCAAGAGCAUUUAGUGGAGGUUGACGAGUGUGUCUGUCAUUGCAUUUUGUUUUUACGUGGUCUGAAACGUGGGUACAAACGACAGGCAGCAGGGGGUGGAAGCAGUCACAGUGCCAGGAGAAUCUAUCUGUUUGCAUAAUCCUGUUUGAACUGAUCCAAAAUAAAAACCAUAACAACCAGAACAUAAAUUACACAACCUUCAGACUGUACAGAAAUAACUGAGAUAAAGCAUUUGAAAUUACUUCAAGAAAUUACAUCACAAAGAGCAAAAAUAUGUAUGACCUGUAUAACGCCUCCACCUCCGCUCCUAAUAACGAGAAAACCUCAAGAACAUCAGAAAUGGUUAAGAGUUGAAAUAACUUCUGAGGAGUUUGUUUAUUUAGAAAGAUGACAUUUUUGACAACAAACUUUCAUAUCUUUAUUAGUAAGCUCAGACUGGAGGUGUCAUUGAUGCUGUUUGCAAAUAAGGCAGAAGUGAAGGUUAACACAGGACAAGUCUUCCUGCUCUCCUGUUAAAGUAGCGUAAGAGUAACGACAAAUGCAGAACUAAAAACCACAUUCCCAGCUGCCAUAGUAAAGGCUCAGGGAUCCCUGACAUCAUAUCUAAAGCUACCUCAGCAUCCAUUGCCAGACUCAGGGGUGUGCGAUCAUUACCUCUCAUCAUAUUGACCAAGAAAUGAAUAUAAAAUCUUUGUUUUGCAAAUGAAUGUUAAAAAUGUACCACCCUGUAUCUUAACUAAAAAUUAAAGGUCAAUAUUUGUUUAACAAAUGCUGACACACCAGUAAAGGACAUAUUCAAUCCAUCAUACAGGUACUUGUUAAGCAAAUGUACAUAGACUGUAUGUAGAAUGGACGUCGUCUGCCUCCUCGCUGGGUGAAGUCAACGCGAGAACAGCACCCUCCUUUUUCUCCCUCCGGUUUGCGAUGUUGACAUUUAGUUACUGUAAGACUGGUUUGUGCUCAAGUCCUCUUUUUUUCUGUGCAGCUCCUUUUUUAAAAGUUAUUAGGGGGUUCAUGUUUUCUAUGAUUGACGCUUGAUACAGCCUAUGGCCGUACGAAGAUUGCGUAGCUCACCUGGGGGAUACGCUGUUUGAACCGAGCAUCAUCACAGCGACUCUUCCACCGAAUGCGUACAAAACUACUGAGCAAGUGGUGGUUUCAGGAAGUGGAGAAAAUCCCAGAAAUACUGAGAAAAAUUUGGCUUCAAAUUCCUUAUAAUGACAGAAGGCGGAGCCAAGUUGUCCACAGUCUUUGGGGUUUUCAUUUAUUGAAUGUGUAAAAGGUUAUCGCCUGGGCUGUCAGCUGUUAUGGGCUGAUUUGCUGUUGGCUGAGCUUAACUUCCUGGCCUGCCUGAACUAACUCUGCAUUAACUUUGCACAGAAUUUAGAGGUUUAAAGAAUUUAAAAAUACUACUUAAAAUAACAGAACACUAUGUAAAAACACUGGUUCAGACACUUAAAGCGUGUGUUCAUGGUAGAGAUAUUUUCAGGAUAAUAAUUUUCAUAAAUAUCUUUAACCCUGUUAUUUUUUGACUUAAAAUCUCAUGACGGAGCAGGACUGAGCUUCCAGCUGGAUCUCUCAGUGCUGGUUUACAUCCCAGAGUCUUGUCUGGUGUUAAAAUCUGAAUAUUCAGGUGUGAAGAGAGAUUUAUUCAUAGAACAUUAUCUCAUAAACACACUUCAAGUACUCAGUGUAUUGGUCUGGUGUUAAUGAGUCAUUCUUUUUCUUAAAAUAAAAACACUUCACUGUGCUCUCUCUUAAAUACUUGACAUGCAGCUCUCCAUACUCUGAGCUCUGCUUUCCUCGCCCCUCUGGCUUUGAUUUUGAAAACGUCAAAAUAAUCAGAGCGUGACUUGUUCAAAGUUCAAAUAUAAACCCUUGAGCUUUCAACCACAACAGAGAGCUGCAGAGAAGUUUUUUCUUUGGAUAAUGUGAUGUAGUGAGACGUCACAUCCCUCUUUUUUUUGUUUUUUUUCUCAGAUGAGCAGUCAGUGGUCAGCAGAAAGUUCUGGGUGGUUCCUGACUCCAGGAGAGGAGUAUGUGAUUGAUGAUUACCCCUGUGAGGAGUUUCAGGCUCUGGCCUCUGCUCAGCUGUCCGAUUACCUCCUCCUGCCGCAGAGACACGCACUGCUGGAGCUGCUGGCCAACAACUGGGACACUGGGUACACACUCACACAUGCUCACACAAACUGAACGGAGUAUUGCAUGAGAAGGUCACUGUCCAGUAUAGAGUUAGAGUUUGAAUUCGGUCGCUCUUUUACAUACGCAGCUGUAUGAAUAUUUAAAAUUUCACUCUGUUGUUCCUGCAUCAUUUAUACUUUACAUGACUGCAGGUCAUAUCCCAUAGCAUGCACGCUUAUCUAUCACGCAAGUGUUGAAACGUUCCUCUCUGCUUUCUGAUUUUAGAUCACAGUAGUUUAUAAAAUCAUCCUGCUACAGAGCGGCAGCACUUGCAGAAAUAAUAUUCUGCUCUGGUCCACAGGCUCUCAGCUGAAUGCACUACACCAUCAGAGUAGACAGGUCAUGGUAAACAUUAGACUAAAGCAGGACACACUUACAGGCUGCCUGUUCAUCACUGCGCUGAUGACUUCUAUCUUACCAGCAGCUCUGUAGUCACAAGUGGAGUUUGGCUGUCAUCUAUUCAACUCUUCACUUUUAUAAGUUGAUGUUUCUCUGCAGUCUAGAUGAGAGUUUGUCAUCACAUCUAAGUGUGAUUAUGAAUCACGUGCAGCACUGCACACGCAGUUUCUUCUGCAGAUGAAUGUAGGUCACACAGAUCUGUCGCUCCGAGGAGCCGUCACCAGAGGAAGAUCUCUGAGGACGUUUCGUCUCUUUGUGUCUUAUUAAAGAAGUCCUCAGUGUUUGCAUGACUCUUUUCUGUUUCUUUAUGAUAAUUACAAAACAUGAUUUAUCUUCAUAUCUCCCUCUCUUUCAGACACCGUUACUCUCAGUACCUCACAGCUCAGGUGGUUGAUCGUGAUGGACGGCCGACCAGAAGCAUCAAAUCCUCCUUCCGCCACCUCCUCUGCUCUCUUGAAUGGGUUCCAGCUUAUCAGCAGCUGGAGGGAGACCGGAGAGAAAGGAAGUACCUGCGUCCAAACGACGUGUACCUGACCUCCCCUGAGAUCAACAACCUGCUGGGGACGCAUGUCUGCUAUGUGGACCUAGACCCCAGCGAGUUCAGCAGAGCUUUGGGUAAGAAUGCGAAACACAGAUCUGCUGGUUAUGUUGUGUUAUACUGUGAAUACUUAAAGUCAGUUUAACAGAGAUGGUCUGUCCCCUCCCCCUGCUGUAGGAAUGAGACACAGUGUCUCAUUGGAAUCCCUGAUAAAGUACUUGAAGGAGUGGUGUAUCAGACAAGAAGGGGAAGAUGAGAAUCAGAGAUCAGCUGAUGAAGAGUGUGAGGGGCGGAGCUUCACAUCCACCGUUCAGCACAUCCACAACGUGUAUACAUACCUGAACACCAACUGUCCUCAGGGCAUCCUGAAGGAGCUGUUUCAGCACACACCUGCUGUCUUCAUAGAGUACGACAGGUACGACAGAGCACACCUUCCUUAUACACUGGUCUGUGCUCAAUGAACCUGCAAAGUCCCACCCUCAGAGGAGGGUCAAACUGCAGCAUUGCAGACCCCACAGGCAGGCCUAGUGUCACACUUUAUAGGUAAAAGAAGUCAAACAGCUGCAGAGUCCAAACCAAACCUUAUCUGACCCCUUUAACCUGAAGCUAUGAUGGCUGAGCAGGACCUUUGACCACAACAGAUUAACAACAGACCAACAAAGCUGUCAGUGAAGUAAAUGUAAAUGUAAACAAUUAUUUAAGGCUCCUUUAAGGAGACUGUGACAUUAAUGAAAUAGAUUAAAAAAUUCAUAUUGAAGCACGACAGUAAAUGAGACCAUCAGUGACAAGAUUAAUCAUUUUUAUAUUGUAAUUUUGAAUGCCUCAAACUGGUGAGAGGGGGUAGGUGUCAGCCCAGCAGCUAAAAAAAGACCUAUUUUUACGAUAUAUCACAUCAGAUUUUCACAAUAAGUUGUAAACUUGACCGCCAGAGUCAGCAGGAUGAGAUCUUAAGCAUUUAAGAGUCACGCGCAAGGACUGCUGUGUCCACCUAGGGUGCAGACAUUGCUAGGAAAUUGAAAGAGCUUUAAAGGGGGGGUAUCAUGCAUUAUAUUCAGACUCUAUAAUUCCUCUCUGAUACCUCUUUAAUAGCUUUAUGUAAUUUUCAGAUCAAAAAAGCCUCAAAUUUCUCACUCUAAGUAUCAGAAUAUUAUUAUUUCAGCCGCUGUGUAAAACGCUUUAGCUGCUGUCUCCUUAAGGCCCCCCCCUCCACAAGCCUAUUUUCUUCUGAUUGGCCACCUUUCAGGAGGCUCUCAGAAAGCCUGCUCCUUCUAUUGUGGUCGAUCAGCUGAGCAGUGGAGCAGCGUUAUCCCCAUAGACAUCAUAUAUGUAGUUAUAAAGUAUAUAUUAUGUCUAUGGUUACCCCUCUCUGCUGUGGGUGUCUCUUUACAUGCUGUUGGAGGCAGGCUGUUCCAGUUUGCUGAAGCACAUGAACAAGUUCAGAAUUUUAGUAAAUCUCACACAUAAACUAGGGUCUCACAUUUUUACGCAUUUGUGCGAGAUUUGGGCAGUUGACAUCUAUUUCUUAAGAUUAUGACAACAUAUGUUUACCUUGUGAUUUGAAACUUAAUAUACAUGUAGUAUGGAACCAAACUUUAUAACUUUGCAGUUUUUGUUGUGAAUGUGGAAAAGCAUGAUACCCCCCUUUCAACAAAGAAAAGGACAAUUAACCAAAUUUGCCCUUGAGCAACACCACCUCAUUAGUUAAAUAGCAAAUAAUGACAGAUACAAGAAAUUAUAAACACACAACACAAAGGUUACUUGUUUAAGUAGAAAUUAUAAAAAUGUAAAUAGGAAAAAAAACCAAUAAAAAUAGCAAAUCAUGUGGGUUUUAUUUGCUUCAGGUAAAGUGUAACUCUAUUCCUCCAUCACCAGGAGAGACAACGGUUGGUGUACAGGACGUUUCUACCACCUGAAGGAGGUCUGCUGGAGUGACUCCACCUCCAUGUUUAAGCGCUACAAACAGCUCACCAAAGGAGCCAACAAUUCAUUCCAACAACCCAGAUUCCUGGCUCCUUUUUACAGCUCGCUGCAAGACAUGAAGGCUUUCUUUACCCAGGUACGAGACUUUUUCUGCCGCUUGUCCGUUUCAGACUAUAACUGGAUGUUGAUGGAGAUAAGUUCAGAAACAAUUCAAUUUGAUUUGAGACUGCACAAUAUGAUAGAUAAUGAACUAUGUGAAUCUGUGGUUAUUGUUUUCAUGUUCAGCUGCUGAAUGUGGAUCUGAGUCCCACAAUGAACCAGUAUGUGGGUCUGUUAGAGCUCAUCUGUUUGUCGUGUCCUGCUCCGAACGCUGAGGUGCUGCAGGACGUGUCUGUGCUUUACGCCAGACUGGGUAAGAAUAUUAAGAGUAUUCAGUUUUCUUCAUCUUUUCCCUCCAUCUACUCUCCAGUUUUAGGUGCCACAUAUGAUAAAUAUUACAUCAUUAAUUGUAAUGUAUUAUAUAUUUGGGUAUGGGAUAGAAACCAACCCAAACCCACCAACAGCCUCAGAAUCAACAUUGUUAUAAGUUUAAUACUGAAAUUUUAGGAUUUUUUUCUUGAAAAACGUAGUAUGUUUUUGUUGGAGACAAUUAAACAUUUGAAUUAAACCCUUAUUAUUAUUGUUAUUAUCAUUAUUAUUGUUUAUUAUUUUGAUCCAUAGGCCUAUUUCCCUCUUUAAAAACAAAUUUACCUCCCGCUUAAGAACGCAGAAUAUCUUCAGUUAUUGUUACUGACAAAAAUCCUUCAAAAUAUGUACAAAUAUUUUUUUUAAACACUACACCCCUUUAUAAUUGCUCAUGUUUCUUAUUUUUAACAGCACAUAAAUGUAAAGUAACAGUACCAGGAGAGCAGGAGAGCAUGGCCCAGCCUUCUCUUAACUCUGCAUACUGCUCCACCUUGAAAGGUGAGUCCUGCACACAUUCAUGUUUCUCUCUUAUUCCACUUUUUUAUUAGGCCGUCUUCAUGUUAUUCACUGAUAUAAAUGACAGUACCGUGACCAAGUCUGUUUCUUGUGAAAAGCUUGUUGUCCUGUCCAUUACAGGGAUUAUUUUAACCAUCUUAGUCCAUUUCCUGGAGUUCACGGCUCAGGUUUCCCUGUUCUUAUUACCAGUUUUUAAAAAAACUGAGUCUCAAAUCUUUGUCCGAGCUUAGCAUGUAGACCACUCACCCAUCUCAACUUUGUCCAGUAAAUAUGGGAGUCCUCAGUGUCUAUGUGUCUUCACUGCACUGCUGAUCUGACUGAGGAUGCUGGCUGUAACGGUGUGGGGUUAUAAAAAAAAGACGAUUUUUAAAAGCCAGAUUCUUUCUACUUCCUCAUGCUGGUAAAUGUAUGCUCUGUACUCCUUAUUAAACACUAACACUCCUUAGAUAUUUCCAUAUUUACUUUUACCCAUUUCGAUUUAAUUCCACCAGUAUUAUUCCUUUUCUGCUUCUGGGAACCCUGUUAUAGCCUGGAGAUGAUGUUCUUGCUGUCUUAUUAAUACACUCUAGUUAAAACAUCUUUCACAGCGUUGUCCUCCUCAGUUAUUUCUGUCUUUUUUGCAGUAAUCUCUGAUUUUUCUGGCUUUCUGAAGAAAGCCCUUUUGAAUUCCUCUCACAUUCAUGUUUCAAACACACACUUGUCCUCUUUUCACUCUGUGAGAGUCUGCUGGACCUCCGAUUGGCUCAGCUGUUCACUGUGCUCAGCAUCCUCCUGCAGCUGUGAAAGUGGUGCAUGGUUUUUAUGCAGCUGAGAGGAAUUAUUUUCUGCAGUUUGAAUUCUCUUUACAUCCCUCGGGUCCAUCAGAGCUCUGAGAAUGAGGACAGCCUGUUGUAUAAAUUCAUCAUGCAAUAUGAUCUCCAUGUGUUUACACAAAGGCCUGCUGCAACCAAAAUACCUAUGUUACUUUCAUGUAGGGCUGCACGAUUUUGGCCAAAAAUAAAAUCUCAAUUUUUUUCUCUGAAAACUCCAUUUUAGAUUUAGAUUUAAAUUUUUUUUAUUCAGUGGCAACUUCACCAAACUCCACUUUAAUAUUUAGUUUUUCUGUCGUCUCCCAAAACGAAAUCACUGAAAACAAUGUAAUGUGUAUGCCAAGCCAGUAACUAGCGCUGUAACGCAGCACAGGAAAUGCACGAAAGACAGAAGAAGAGUACGGAGCCACCAUAAACAUGUGCAGCCACCAUAAAAGAAUUAUGCUGUGUGUGACAUCAUCAUUUUGAGAGAUGCAGAUAGGCAUCCACACGGAGAUGAAAUGGUAGUUGUUUACGUACUCUCUGACCCAUUUUUAAAAAGUACAUUUACAGUCACCGGAAACGCUGUUUCCGUGUGGGUGAAACACCAAUCCGUGAAAACAUAAUGUUCAGGCUCUACACUGCUGUUUAUUGCUCUAUUUAAUUCAUGUUUAUCAAUGUUUCUUUUCUUUGUCAUUGAGCUACUUGUCAUUUCUGACAGUCCCUUCUUACAACCACAGAUCAGUGUCCAGUUUGGAUCAAACAAACUAGUCCCUACUAAGUCUGAACCUGAGUGUCGUGACUGAUGACCAGCUAAUCUUCAAGGUUCACAUAGCCUUGGUUUUUUUGGUGAUGUUGAUUUGCCCUCUUUAGCAUCAGGAGGAUCAGACCCUACCCUACAGCUCCUGGUACAGGUUCUUGUAGUAUUACACGCUGGCCACUGCAACUCCUUACUGGCAGGCCUCCCUGCAUGUACAGUCAAACCACUGCAGAUGGUCCAUCACAACAGGACCCUAAGUAACUAGCCAGGCUCUUGUCUUCUGUUGUCCUCAGAGAUAGUGACUGAUACAACCACUUUGAUCUGAACAGUCCCCUUCUACUUAUGAGAUAAUCUUUGAUCCAGGAGAGGAAUGAAUGCAACACAGAAACUGUCAAGAAGAAACCCUUCCUCACCGCCAGCCAGUAAAAAUGCAAGGUCUAAAUGAACUCCCUCUGUCCCUGUGUGUGCGUGUGUGCAGGUAUGGUGUCUGAUAAGAGGGUCUUCCCCACUAAACAAAACACCUGGGUGAGUCUGGCACGCAAACCGAUGAUUUCUGACAACAAGGAGCUGGAGAAGGUGUUUAAAGAUCACAGCCAGGUGUGUCUGCUCAACCUGCCGCCAGCAGAGAAGAAGAACGCUUUCAGGAAGACGGGGAACUCUGGUACGUUGCUGCUCCUUCUGCAUUCAACUCAAAUGUCAACAGACUCAGCCCAGUCUAGUUACGAGAGGGUGUAAACACACACAAGAAUCAUACUGAGGUAGAUUCAUGGGUUUUGCGCAGCUCAGGAACCUUGAGAGUUCAGAAAUCCUGACUGUUUUUGUGUAACUGCAGAACGAGCAAACAGCGAGGCAGCCUUCAAUGAGAGGGACCGCUCUCUGUUCCUGGAGAUCUGUGGGAUCCGACAGCUGUCUGACUGUGUGAAGUCUGAGCCUCAGACUGAGAACUGGAGACCCUGUCCAACCAUGCAGGCCAUGGUGCGCUCUGUGGUCCCCUACAUCCAGAGGUUCCUGAUCCACCAAGAGGAGAUGAAUGGGGUCUACACAGAGCUGACAGACAACAACAUCACAGAGAGGAUCAAGAAGCUUCAGUUCAGUCAGGUCAGGAGAUCGCUGGACUCAGAGUGGGGUCAGGACCAAACUGCACAGCUGGUCCAUUCACACCCUGACAUGUUUCUGUCUGUCUUCCUGUCUGUCUGUGUUCAGGUGGGGAAGCUCUACAUGCGCUAUCAGCUGAAUGUAGGAGAGAGUGAAGAGCUGAUAGAGAUGCGGGAUGUGAUCUGUUUGCUGAAAGACCAGAAAGAGCUCUGCAUCCAGAAAGAUCACCUGUCAGCCAACCUGGAGAUCUGCAGGUACGAGUGUGAGGAAGAGUCAGAACCCAGUAGAUGGACCCACAUUCAGGAAAUCAGCUUUUAAUAGCUGUGAAGUAACAAUACAGUCACUUUCUUCGUGCUCAUUACAGUGAUCAGCUGCGGUACGACCCGUCUUUUCCUCUGUCCCUUAACCCCCAAUUUCGCCGUGCUUCAUGUGGACCAGCAAGCAUGGCGCAAAGAAAGAAAGAAAGAGAAAACAGAAAAAUCAUUUGGAUGCAGAGAUUUGAAGUUUCUUUUUAGCCAGGGUGAAAUAAAGAAAAAUCCAUUUUCUUUUCCCUCCUGCCUGCUUAGCACUGUUAGUGGGCUCUAACACUCCGAGUCAGUGUGUGUGGGCUCCAUUAUAAUCAGCUCCCGUGGUGUGUGGUGGGUCAACGCUGUCACAUUUCAUAAAUGAGACCCCAUGUCCGUUUAUUUACAGAGCUACGGACACCAUGGACAUACUUGAGUGGAAAUGAAGCGUAAUACAUGCAUUUGAGCCACUCAGGGGGAUGAGAGGCUAACAUGCAGGACUGUCAGCCUGCUCUGUCUUACCCCCAGUUUUCACCGCAUCUGGAACCACAGUGAUUUUCGCCAUCCACCAAUUCCUAUCAAAUCCAUAUGUGAGGCAAAUUUGGUGGUGGAUUACGGACAACAGGAAUCACAAGAACUCACAAGAACCCACAGAUUCACAUGCAAUUGUGCGAUAACAAGUUGUCUUUAGCUAAAUAGGCUAACCAUACAAGCAGUAGACUGGUCGUUCCAGAGGAGGAAAUCCACUUCUAGACUUAUGAGAUCAGCAUCCCCUCAUCCAUGGUGUCAUCGGGGUGAAAUGCUGUCUAUAAACAUUUCACUUGUUCGUCCCCGCCUGUUUGCAUGGUGGGAAUUGACGCAUUAACUUAAAUGUUUACGAUCAGCUACGAUCGGCGGAUAUGGCCUUUUCGUAGCUGUUCCUGAUGCUGUGGAAAUUGGGGGUUGCUGUGCAUACAGCAUGCUUUAUGCAGCUACUUGCUUCUUUGAGCGCCAUCUUCUGGGUAAAACAGUGUAAAACAAUAGAGUACCUCCUCAUUUUAUACUUGUACAGCUCACAUUUGAUUUGAAAAGACAUUCAAAGAGGCUUAUACUCCAAUUUCUUCCCCGUAUACCAGCUUCUUCACUUCAACACUUUCUCUUUAAAAUGUUUUACAUUAAACAAAACAACACAAACACAUUCACAGGCUUCUCACUGCUGUAUUUGUGUGUGUAUCGUAGGGAGCUGGUGAAGCUGUUCUGCACUGAGAUCAGCCACAGGAAGGAGCUGAUGCGUUUCCUGAGCGGCCUGAUUACCUCCAUCAGCGUAAGUCAGACCACACACUCGAGCACAGCCUCACACAGCUGAGUGGAUCUCCGAUGUGAGGUUUGAAUCUAAUGAUCCCUCCCCCUGAUCUCUGUGAAGCUGAGCGGCACACUCUGCACAGUCACAGGGGUCAAAGGUUAAUAAGGCUAAGGUUAAUGAUCCCUCUGUACAAAAAUCAUGUUACAUAUUUGGCUUUGAGCAGCGGAACUUGCCGUGAAAACUGAACGGCUUUGAAAUCUGGAGGAGGAUCAGCUCUGUCUCUAGAUUCAACCAAGAAAAAAUGCAUACAUCUUCGUUUGUGUUUGAUAAAAUGUUGAAAUGAAGUCACUCUGUAAUGAAACUCCCAGCUCUUUCCCCAAAUUCACCGAUGCCUCUCAACCUAUCAAAUCCAAUUAUUACUUUAACUUUGAUAUUAUUCCAGACAGUCGAUCGAGCAGCCACUUGAAGCGCCUUUUAAUUAGGUCAUCAACUUUUGAAUGAGGCGAGAUGACUCAGAAGCAGCAAUUAUCCACCACGUCCACUGAUGGAAAAAGGAUCUAACAGAGAAGUAAACCCAGAGUCCGCUUAACCGACAGGCUCAGAGUGUCUGAAGACAUAACAGAGAGGAUCACUAUAGAGAGAGACCAUUUUAUCUGACAGACACCAGACUGACAAAAACUGGGAUUUUAUUUCACAGGGAGCAGCAGCUGCUGGUCUGCCUCCGUCUUCGGAGGGUUGUAUUUUUUGGUUGCCAUGUAUUAAAAUGACAUUAUUCAGAGUCUGAGUGCUCCGUUGGUAAAACUGAAAUCACAGAAUACAGCAUAAAGUCAGCAGUAGACCGGCAGCUGCUGUGCUCUGCAGGAUAGAAAUGUUGUUUUGAUCAGUGUAGUCUGGUGUGUUUGUAAAGCGUGAAUCAGCAGCCAUCUUCUUCUUUAUCAAAACGGUCUUUCUCUGGGACUUUUAGACAUGCACUCCAGGCAAUUCCAGGAAAAUUUCAGGAGCUCUCACCUUGAAAUUAACCUGUCAAAUGGGGGUGUGGGAAUGGUUCAGGAGGCUGAUCAUAGAUGCUGUGGUAGUCACUGUGUAAUGUUUUACAGUCUUGUCUAAGAUUAAAACCACUUCAUCCUUCAGUCUGAUUCUUACUCUUAGUUUUUCUUUCCUUCUCAGCCCCUAGAGGAUGUUUCUGUUUGUAAAUUCACCGCUGUGUUUGUGUCAAUGUGACGAGUAUUGACAGAUAAGUGAAAUGAACAUACUGGAUAGGAUAAGAGCGUUAAAGACCAUCUCACUACCUUUACGUUAUGUUUAACCUCUUCAGAGUUUAAAAUGGAUUCGUGUUUUCCAUCAGGUGUCUCUGCACAAAUAAUACAACUGGAGAGAGUGGUGUUGUGGUUCUGUACUGAGAGUGUUAUUCAGUAGAGGAAAAUGCUGCUCUGACAUUUACCUCUCUUAAAAUCUAAAAUAAAUGCCUCUUCUACAAGUUUCAAAAUAUUUAUCUGAAUUUCGUUGUGCCUUAUUUUGUCGUUCGAACAGUGCUGUAUAUGUGAGAUCUGAUUGAUUGAUUGAUUGAUUGAUUGAUUGAUUGAUUGAUUGAUUGAUGGAUGUAUUUAUAUCUCUCUUCUUCUGCUUUUUGUGUGUAUGCAGGACUUCACAUCUCUGCAGAGAUUCCUGCAGAAGGAGGACAUCAGAGAGCUGCCCAGUGAGGAGGAGCUGUGGGAGGUCCCAGAGCCUCCGAGACCUGAGAUUUACCUAGAGAGAGGUAAACAGUGCGCACAUGCAGACUCAAAUAAUGUUGUGUUACACUCAUGUGUUGGUCUUUCCACUCAUUUCUUUUUAAAGGCUCAGGAAUUGAGUUUAACCAAUUUAACCAAGUUAACCAGAACCUACAAUCCGGUCAAUUUAUCAAAACACCUUUGGACUGCACUCAUGAACAAAACUGAGUUUAGGUAACUUUUUGAACACCAGCUUUCCCACCGGUGGACUGUUCCUGUUCAAAGUUUUUGAAAAAUGUUGUUUCUUAACUUUUUCACAAUCAUAAUCUACAGUCUGAAACUGUUUUUCUGCGUGCUGAGGAUUACUGACGGUCUCGUGUUUUCGGAGACAGAGGGGUCAGUGAAACCCAGUGUUAGCUCAGAGUAAAAGCUUCACACUCGUACAUAAACUUGAAUCUCCAAAUCUCCCCUUCCCUCACUCCAGAUUUAAAAAUAACACAGAGUCCCAUUCAGCUUUAUUAGACCUUGAAAAACUGAUGAUUAAAUGAGGAUAUCAAACUCUGAUGCAAACUAAAAGCUCACAGAGGGAGAGCUGUUCUCAUGUGACUGACCGGCGUAAAGGAUAGAGUGAUGGUAGAUUACUGUUGUUACACUGUAAAUGUCAACAGGAGUGAUACAAGCUUAAUAACAUCCUCAGGACCAGGGUUGGGAAUCAAGAACUAUCUCCAGGUGAAAACUGGUUUUGACCAUAGACUGUAUAUACUAUGGACAAAUUGGUUUCGCCUCCCGCCAGUAUACAGAUUUGAUGCCAAAAAGCUCUUGGUAAUUGCACGUUUUUUCUCCACUUCCUGAAACCAACAUUGCACAGUAGUGUUGUACACAUUCAGCAGGAGAGUCACUGUGAUGACACUCGGCUCAAACUGCGCCCAUAGGCUGUAUCAGGUGUCAAUCAUAGAAAACAUGAACCCCCUAAUAACUUUUAAAAAUGGAGCUGUACAGAAAAAAGAGGAGUUGAGCACAAACCAAUCUUACUGUAACUACAUGUCAACAUCACAACCAGGGGAUAGAAAAAAUUAUAUUCUGUGUACUAAAUUUCUAAAAUUUGUCCACAGCUCCAUAAGCUUUGGUGGCGUAGGCAGGAAUUAUGACCUAUACUGCAGCCUGACACCAGAGGGUGCUGUUCUCAGAGUGGCUUCACCCAGAGAGGAGGCAGACGCUGUCCAUUCUAUAUACAGUCUAUGGUUUUGACUAGUCAAACCAUCAGUAUCAUUGGUCUUUAUGCUUCAAGGUUCCAGUAUUGAUGCCUCAGUCAGCUUGCUUUGCGAAAGGAUUGAUAUGUCGUAUCACCAGAGACAGAGGUUGUCCAAACUAGGAAUGGGCAUUUUAAGAAAGUCCUUUGAUCAAUUAAUCAUAUGUUAGUGAUCCACAAGACACGCUAAUAAGAAGAGUGAAUGGGAACACACUAAGGGGGUCUUGGUUUUGACAAUUUUAACCUCUUCAUUUAUUCAAAGUUCUGGUUUCAGCCCAAAGUGAAACACAGCUGCUCACGUGUCAGGUGACGGUGGAGCUGUACGUUCCUCAGUAGAACAGUCACACUGACAUCAAACAUUAAACUCUGAGCUUUCACCGCAGCAGGAGGUGGAUUAUAACAUCAGUCUGUGACAUCUGUUUGUAUUAUUCCUAUUAUUCUUAUUAAAUUCACUGUCUUCAGUAGAUAUACACACUCAAACACAUCACUGGUUUAUUUCUCAGAUAUGCUAAUUCAGUUUGAUCAAUUCGUGUGUGGAGACAUAAAAGAGCAGCUGUUACCAGGGCUCCAAGAGAGACAGGGGAAGCAGAUCCUCACUGCAGCACACACACACACACACACACACACACACACACACACACACACACACACACACACACACACACACACACACACACACACACACACAGAUUAAAAUGAUCAAAGAGCUUUCACCGCAGCAGGAGGUGGAUUAUAACAUCAGUCUGUGGCAUCUGUUUGUAUUAUUCCUAUUAUUCUUAUUAAAUUCACUGUCUUCAGUAGAUAUACACACUCAAACACAUCACUGGUUUAUUUCUCAUGGUUUUGUUUUAUUUCAGUGCCAUCGAGGACCAAACCUUCCAUCAGCUCUCAGGUAGAGCCAGCUCGCCCUGCACAGGAGGACGGGGAGCAGAUCCUGACUGCAGCACACACACACACACACACACACACACACACAGCCGCACAGGUACACAGAGGAGGAAGAGGAGGAGGAGGAGGAGGAGGAGGUUUCAGCAUCCUCAGAUCUUCAUAUGCAUCAUUAUUUCUUGUAUUUCUCUGUGCCGGCAGCUCACUCAGACAGCGCUGUGGUGGACGCGGUCAUGAAGAUGUGGCCUCCUCCUGCAGCACCUAAAGACAAAGACCCAGAGAGAGACCUCCCACCCCGAGGAAGCACCCACAUUGUCCCUCAGAGUCCCAGCAGCUCAGACGGGAACCUGCCAAUCAGAAGCAGCAGACCUGCAGAUCAACUCGGCCCCCAAAAAGUCCCGCUCCAUCCAGGACAACUGAGUCCAGCUGUGAACAAAAUUCCUGCUCACACACCAGGUCUGAAAUUCAGGAGUGCAACCACAAACUUACCUUUAAAUUCACUCUCAGUCAAAGCUCUGUGUAAACGAUGCGUCAACAACAUGUGUUUAAAAAUGAAAGCUGAAAAUUAUAUGAAGGUUGAAGAUUAAAAUGAGCAAUCUCAGAAUAAAACUUCCUCAAAGCAAAAUUGCAAAAGAGUCUGAGAACCUGGAGGAAUCUCUGCUUUAAAGGAAUAUUCCGGCGUAAAAUUAAGUUAUGGUCAAACACACUGUAACACCGAGUAAGACACCCCCCUCAAGAAUUAAUGCUCAGAACAGCACCUCACUUCAUCAACAGUACAUAUAGGGUCCCAGCCAUAAUACUAGCCAUCAAACAUCUUUUUAUCUUUGCCUGAUUUCUUUAGUAAAAAAACAAACACAACUCACCUACUCUCUUCCAGCAGCUACUUGUUUGUGGGGGAGCCCUGACAAGCCGAUCACCAAGUGCAGCAGAUCAUUUCCAUGAAGUAAUAAUCAUCAAAAUAAUCAUUUAGCACUGCAGAUGAGUAGUUCUUCUGCCUUAGCGUCUCAGUCUGAUUAAAUUUCCAUGAAGUAAUGAUCAUAAAUGUUCUUCCUUAAGCUGCGAAACUCCGCUUUUUGUGGCUAUAGAGUAGCUUUUUGGUUGAGGUUUGCAUGUGCAGACAUACACUCACCGGCCACUUUAUUAGGUACACCAUGCUAGUAACGGGUUGGACCCCCUUUUGCCUUCAGAACUGUCUCAAUUCUUCGUGGCAUAGAUUCAACAAGGUGCUGGAAGCAUUCCUCAGAGAGCUUGGUCCAUAUUGACAUGAUGGCAUCACACAGUUGCCGCAGAUUUGUCGGCUGCACAUCCAUGAUGCGAAUCUCCCGUUCCACCACAUCCCAAAGAUGUUCUAUUGGAUUGAGAUCUGGUGACUGUGGAGGCCAUUUGAGUACAGUGAACUCAUUGUCAUGUUCAAGAAACCAGUCUGAGAUGAUUCCAGCUUUAUGACAUGGCGCAUUAUCCUGCUGAAAGUAGCCAUCAGAAGUUGGGUACAUUGUGGUCAUAAAGGGAUGGACAUGGUCAGCAACAAUACUCAGGUAGGCUGUGGCGUUGCAACGAUGCUCAAUUGGUACCAAGGGGCCCAAAGAGUGCCAAGAAAAUAUUCCCCACACCAUGACACCACCACCACCAGCCUGAACCGUUGAUACAAGGCAGGAUGGAUCCAUGCUUUCAUGUUGUUGACGCCAAAUUCUGACCCUACCAUCCGAAUGUCGCAGCAGAAAUCGAGACUCAUCAGACCAGGCAACGUUUUUCCAAUCUUCUAUUGUCCAAUUUCGAUGAGCUUGUGCAAAUUGUAGCCUCAGUUUCCUGUUCUUAGCUGAAAGGAGUGGCACCCGGUGUGGUCUUCUGCUGCUGUAGCCCAUCUGCCUCAAAGUUCGACGUACUGUGCGUUCAGAGAUGCUCUUCUGCCUACCUUGGUUGUAACGGGUGUUUAUUUGAGUCACUGUUGCCUUUCUAUCAGCUCGAACCAGUCUGGCCAUUCUCCUCUGACCUCUGGCAUCAACAAGGCAUUUCCGCCCACAGAACUGCCGCUCACUGGAUAUUUUUUCUUUUUCGGACCAUUCUCUGUAAACCCUAGAGAUGGUUGUGCGUGAAAAUCCCAGUAGAUCAGCAGUUUCUGAAAUACUCAGACCAGCCCUUCUGGCACCAACAACCAUGCCACGUUCAAAGUCACUCAAAUCACCAUUCUUCCCCAUACUGAUGCUCGGUUUGAACUGCAGGAGAUUGUCUUGACCAUGUCUACAUGCCUAAAUGCACUAAGUUGCCGCCAUGUGAUUGGCUGAUUAGAAAUUAAGUGUUAACGAGCAGUUGGACAGGUGUACCUAAUAAAGUGGCCGGUGAGUGUAGACCGCUGUGUGUUAUCGUACAGUUGUUACUAAAGUUGGUAUAACUAGAGAAGCAAGCGGUCUGCAACAUUCAUCUCUCGAGGGGGUGUCUAACUCAGCGUCAUGGUGUGUUUGACCUUACUUUAAUUUUACACUGGAAUAUUCCUUUCAAGGGACAACACCCACCAGAUGACAGAUGGUCUUAAACUCUCUCAGGCAACAUUACAUUGAAAACAGACACGACUCUGUAGUUGGAGGCACCGCAUUGGCUCAACAUCACACCCAAAAACGAAUGUUUGUAAACACAGUCUGCUGAUCAAAAAGAAAACCUGAACAUGAUCCAGAAAUAAUGGCGACUCCUCUGGGUACUAAGCCCACAGAAACAAGUUGAACCGAUUUCUUCGUGUGUUACACCAGUACAGCUCAGUAGUAGAAGAGUCCUGCUGCUAAACUAGCCUGUCUGUAGUCCUGACUAGUCCAAAGUGGGGGACAUGGCAGCAAAAAAUAAGAUGAACAGAACCUCAAACUGAGAAGCAGCUAAAAUCUUCUGUCAGGAAAGACCAGGACAAUGUCUCCCUCGCUUAACUGAGUCUAGCUCUUGUGGCGUCGGUGUUACACAUCUAGUUGACAGUUCUAUGAUUUGCUCCUACAAAGGCGUUUUAUUUCAAAACAGUGAAAUCCUGACUGUGUGGGUGUUCAAAAAAAAGCAAAAACUGUCAGAGAUGCGGUGAAUUCUGCACGUUGUAUUCAUCUAUCACAGAGACCUGCUCUGUUAGUCUUACAUUUGUUUGUGUCUGACAGGGAGCACUCAGCAGGGCGAGUCUGAAGGAGCUAAAGGAGGAGAGGAAACCCUCAUGGAGCCCAGACCAGCUCAGAGUCCUCCAUCUGUACCGCCUGUUGCGACAACAGCCAGCGAGCCGCCUGCUCCAGACAGCCUGUAGGCUCUUUCUCUCUCUCUCUCUCUUCUCCUCAUCAUUUACUCAUGUCUGAAAAACAAAUGUUGGUUUUCACUGUCACUAACACGUAUCACACUCUCCCUGUACCUCCUCUUCCUCUUCCUCUCCUUCUUCUCUCUCCCUCUCAGCUCCGUCCCAGAGGCUGUGGUCCUCUCCUCUGUGUUUCAGGGUGCAGCCCCCGCAGAGACUCAGCGCGCCCCCCUCAACCUGGACUUCCCUGUGUGGAACGCUCAGACCGGACUGGAGGAGAUGACGCUUCACUGCCCGAGGCCGAGCACGGUCAGUACACCCAGAAGUGUUUUAGUAAUUCAGAAACCCCAGGCAGAGAGAAAUAUGAACGCCUCACCUCUGCACCAUCUGAUCCAACCCCGUCUCUUCCUGCAGGUGGUGCUGUCAGACGACCAGGCGAACCUCUCAGCCAUCGGGGAGUGGGGGGAGCAGCUGGUGAACUCCUUCCUGUGUCACUGGAGAGACAGCGGCGUUCCCGGAGGCCCUGCCAGUGUCCAGUGGUGUAACCAGAGCGGAGAGAGCGGCCAGCCGUACGACUUCAAGGUGACCUUCGGUGCUGCAGGGGGGCUGGAGUUGGUGUACGUGGAGGUGAAGUCGACCAUAAAGAAGGAGAAGGCCUUCAUCCACCUGUCGGCCAACGAGCUGGACUUUGCCCUGAAAGAGAAAGAGAAGUAUCAAAUCUUCAGAGUUUACAACGCCGGGGACUCCAACAACGUACGCCUGUGUCGCAUCCAGAACCUGGCCCAGCACCUGCACACCAAGGAGCUCGCUCUCUACCUGUUUGUGUGAACGCAGACCUCUCUCUGUCUGGGUCAGUGCUCUGUAGGCUCUCAGCACCAGAACAUGUGAGGCCUUUUAAUUUGAAAACAAUUGCACUGAUUUUAAUUCUUUUAGGUGUGACACUUAGUAUAAAACUCAGUGUUUUUUCUGUUUCCAGCCUUUGAAGAAGUAUUUGCACUUUUUUUUUCAUGUUCUAUGUGUUUUUACUACUGACUCAGCUGUAUUUUCUACAAUGUUUUAAAGUGUUUUCAAACUUCCAGCAGACAAACUGGAUUUUUUAAAACCUUUUUUACGCCCUUAUCCACCCUGACUCCAGUAUUUCCUGUUGAAUUAAAUAAUUUUUGUCAGCAACAGUGGCUGUGGAUGAGUUUGUGGAAAAGUCAAAAUUGGAUUUUAUUCAUUUCAGGGUCUGAACAAUCGAGCCUGCCUGAGCUAAAGGCUGUCUUCAAAAUGGAGACAGUAGAGUCCUUUUUCACACCUGCAUGGUCGACAGUUCCAGGACAGCCCGCCCCAGAAUUCCCCAAAGUAGUUUUUCACACGUCUCAUAGUGUGAAGUUUCCCUGUUAGACAGAAAGAGGAAGUCUUCACCCUUUCUUCCUCUGGAUGUUCUAUCAGAGAGAGCUGUAGGGGUUGCAGUGAUUGAUUAUUUUAGUGAUCGGGUAUUCCCUCGAUUAUUUCAGAGAAAGAGAAAUUUACACUGAGCAGCAGGAGGAACGUAAGGAUCGCUGAUGGUGUUUGAAAUGAACAUUGAAUCUACGAUGAAAACAGAGGUCUUUUCAUUACCAUACCAGGCAUAAUCUUAAUAUGUAAUUAUAGCACUAAAAUAAACAAAACCAUGACGCUAACAAUGGAUUUAUGGGUAGAGUUACUUUCAAGGCCUGAACCUGCUGCUGUGAGGU